AUGCAAUGUUCCUGGAAGGCUGUGAUCCUGCUAGCCUUGGCCUCCAUUGCCAUCCAGUACACAGCCAUCCGGACGUUCACCUCCAAACCCUUCCACCUCUGCCCCAUGCCCAGUCCCCAGAACUGUGGCCUGGGAGCACAGGACACGGACACGCCGUUCGAACGUGGCUGUGAAGAGUACCCCUACUACAUUUACAAUGCGUCCCGUAAGACUCACAUCCUAGUGCUGGCCACCACCCGCAGUGGGUCCUCCUUUGUGGGCCAACUGCUCAACCAGCACUCGGACGUCUUCUAUCUGUUCGAGCCGCUCUACCACGUCCAGACGGCGCUGAUCCCGCGCCUGUCUCACAGCCGCAAUGCCGCCGACCGUCGCGUGAUGCUCGGUGCGAGCCGCGACCUGCUGCGGAGCCUCUACGGCUGCGACCUCCACUUCCUGGAGAGCUACAUCAAGCCUCCGCCAGCCAAUCACACGACGGACAAGCUGUUCCGGCGAGGGGCGAGCCGGGCAUUGUGCUCGCAGCCCGUGUGCGACGCCUUUGGCCCUUCCGACACCAACGUAGAGGAAGGAGACUGCGUGAAAAAAUGCACCAACCUCAACAUGACGCUUGCCGCGGAAUCCUGCCGGGAGCGGCGCCACACGGCCAUCAAGAUCGUGCGCGUGCCGGAGAUCGGGGACCUGCGCGCACUGGUCGAGGACCCCCGACUUAACCUCAAGGUCAUCCAGCUGGUAAGGGACCCCCGCGGAAUACUCUCCUCUCGGAUCGAGACCUUUCGGGAUACGUACCGGCUCUGGAGAAUCUGGAGGGCCACGGGUAGGAAGCCCUACAACUUGGACCUCACCCAGCUCACCAUGGUGUGCGACGACUUCCUGAGCUCCGUGUCCACGGGCCUCAGCCACCCCUACUGGCUGAAAGGGAAGUACAUGAUCGUACGGUACGAGGACCUGGCGAGGAACCCUCUGCAGAAGACCAAGGAGAUGUAUGACUACCUUGGCUUGCCCAUGGACAAAAACGUGGUGGACUGGAUACAGGCCAACACCAGGGGGAGUAAUGAGCUGUUGGCCAAACACAAGUACGGAACGGUGCGGGACUCCGCGGCUAACGCGGAAAGCUGGAGGUUGAAGCUGUCUAUCGAGAUGGUGGACUACACACAGACCGUGUGUCAGAAGAUCCUCAACAUUCUUGGCUAUAAAAGCGUCAAGACUGCGGACGAGCUCAAAAACAUGUCUCUAUCUCUCGUGCAGGACAAGAGUUUUGUACCCGUUUCAUAACAAAGAUGAUAGUUGAAGUCUAAGACUAUUUUGAUAUAUUUAUAAUUGUUGCCUUAUGACUAUUAAUGUUUCUUUUUCCAGCUUUUUGAUGUUUGAUUUGUUUCCCCUGCCCAUCUCCUUUGAAAUUUGCACUACGAUGUUUGCAGUCCAUGAAUGCCUGCUGUUUAGGGCUCCCAAGCUAACUUAGAAUGAGCACAACAACAACAAUCAGAUCAGGGAGUACGUAAGCUGUUUCCGAUCUGGGUUUAAUGUUGAAGGACUUUUAUUUUUCCUUUUUUUUCAAUUUUUAAAAGACAUUCAUGAGUUAUGAGUUAACUGGUAUCAGAAAAGAAAAAAAUGCAACCUCUUAUACAACCUAGACUCAUGACAAAUAACGAAUGACUGGCCAUAGCGUCAAUGAUGCCAGUGAAUGUUGCCACAUCUCCAUCCAGGACAGUUACAACAUAUAUGUGCUCAAUGAAUGCGGAGCAAAAGCGUGCAAGACCAUUAAUUACGUAGAAACAACACUGUA